CCGCAGCCCGCUUCUCCGGCUCCGCUCGGUGCCCUCCUAGCAGCCUCGCUUUGCUCGGAUCUUCUUCUCGUUCGCGGCAGCUGAACUCUUAGCAUCUCCAGCUCGGCGCAAUGGCUAACCUAGAAGCUUUCAUAGGCAAAUGGCGCCUGAUCUCCAGUGAAGGUUUUGAGGAUUAUAUGAAGGAACUGGGUGUAGGCAUGGCAAUGAGAAAGAUGGGAAAUAUGGCCAAGCCGGAUGUUAUCAUCAGCAAGAAUGAUGAUGGUCAAGUCACAUUCAAAACAGAAAGCACUUUCAAAACCUCAGAAUUCACCUGCAAGCUGGGAGAAAAAUUUGAUGAAAACACAGUAGAUGGUCGAAAAACUCAGACCCUCAUCACUUUAGAUGAUAACAAUGUAUUGAUCCAGCUCCAGAAGUGGGAUGGCAAAGAGACCACAAUAACAAGGAAGAUAGAAGAUGGGAAAAUGAUAGUUGAAUGUGUCAUGAAUAGUGUCAAAUGUACUCGUGUCUACCAAAAAGUAUGAAGAGAGUGGCUUCUGUGUUGGAGUGGAGAAUGGCAGAUAAUUCUCGAAAGAGGACUAGUGCAUAUUUUUCUUUCUUCUUUUCUUUCUAACCUAGAUUUUUUAAAAACAUCAUGUGGAAGAAGCAGUAUUGUAUGCAAUUAAUUUCAAGCCCUUGAUGAUUAAGUUUUAAAAUUUCAAAAGAGAUACUGUAACUGUGUUAUUAUUUGUAAAAUAUUCCCCUUGCCCUUUUAAGAAAGUUUAGGAAGUUUAAAUUAAAUAGAUCAAGUAGUAUGAAAAGUGGUGAGAUAUUGCUGGGCACAGAUACAGUGUGAUCUUAAGCCUCUUUUUCUAAAAGCAGACCUCAUUAGCUACAUUCAUACACUGCACUAAGCAAUUACACAGCUUGUUUCUUUUUGUAAUAUGAUGGUGAACCUAGCCAUUGUGGGUUAUUCAACAAACCAUGAUUAAAUGAGACUAUGGUUUAGAAUGUGUGCAUCUAACUAGUCUGUUCAAAAAAUAUUCCUUAAUGCUUCAGAAGAUUUGGGUUGUUAGUGAACAUGCAGAUUUCUAUUUCUAUGAUGCGUUUAAUUUAUCAAGUUCAUUUCCAUGUAGACAUUUUGCUGUUAUUAAAAACAAACAUUCUGAGAGCUCGUUCUGAGGAAUCUAGGACUUUGAAACCCCAGCCGAAGCAUCUGUCACCCUUCAUACUGGAUUUUAUGGGUUUUAUAGGCCUUGGAAUUAUCACAUUGAACCCAAUUAGGUGUAUAUUAUACUCCCCAAACACACUGAAAGACCUACAGAGAACCUUGUCUUGCUCUCAAUGCUUCUUGGUGAACUUAUGUUUACUUAUCAGGUACUGUAUGUGAAUAUAACACCAUUCCAUACCUCCAAUACCUUUAUAUAUUGCCCCUAAUUGAAGAAAAUAUGCACCAAGGUGGAAAUGGCAGGCUUAUCAUACACAGUACUUCAUAAUAGUCUCAUGGUCAACCAUAAUUGUGCCUAAUGGGUUCCAUAACCAUCUUUGGGCUCUACCCUAAAGGACAUAAAGGGCAAAUUUGGAUUAGUAUGUUGUAUAAUACUCACCUAUUGUCAUUUAUAAACUAUGUAUUAUGGUAGCAUCAUGUGAAACAAGCCAAUUGUGAUAUAUUCAGUAAACCACAGUUAAACAAUAGCUUAGUAAUGAUAUGUAAGCCCAACCAAUAUAAAGCAGUAGGCUGUACUCGAAUGGACUUGAUAUCCCUGUGCACGCUGUUGCAAGGUGAAAAACUGGAGGAGUCAACAUGGAGUACAGUAAAUUUAGUAGCCUAUGUUCUCUGUUACCUAGGAAUACCAUAUCAGAUCUGUAAAAAUUAAGAGAAACGCUAGAGGGUCCUUUGUUGCCAUCUAAUAGUUGUCUGGAUUUUGGCAGUCCAAAAUAUAGUAGUCCUAAGGUCACUACUUUUCAAGAGACAUCAGCUAAUUCUUACAUGUUGUAUUUAGAUUGGUUUUAUGAUCUCUCUAAAAUGUAUUUGAAAAUUUCAAAUAAAACUUUGCUGCAG